AUGAAAUCGAUAUACAAAAGAGGAUGCAACAAACCUGUAAGCAUUCGAACUGGUAACUUCCUUGAGAAUAUUAAAGUACCUCUGAAACAAUUUAUUCUUUAUUUAUAUCUGUGGAGCAAUUUUACCUCAUCCGAAAACAUUUCAAAAGAAUUAGGAUUAUGUGAGAACACAAUCUCAACCUUCAAUUGUAAAAUCCGAACUCUGACAUCUCUUAUUGGCGGAUGCAACGAUAUCAUUGAGAUUGAUGAAACUGUUAUAACAAAGAAAACAAAGGAAGAAUCAUUCCAGCCCAGUGGCUUGUUGGUGGAAUAUCUCGGUUGA